GGCCCCGCCCUCGCCCCGCCCCGCCCCGGCUCGGGCCGCCGGAGGACCAGGAGCUGAGGACCCCGAUCCCGCGGUGGUGGCGGGGACGAUGUGGUUCUUUGCCCGGGACCCGGUCCGGGAUUUCCCGUUUGAGCUCAGCCCGGAACUCCCCGAGGGCGGCCCUCCCGGGCCCUGGGUCCUGCACCGCGGCCGUAAGAAGGCCACAGGCAGCCCGGUGUCCAUCUUCGUGUAUGACGUGAAGCCCGGCGUCGAAGAGCAGACCCAGGUGGCCAAAGCUGCCUUCAAGCGCCUCAAAACUCUCCGGCACCCCAACAUCCUGGCCUACAUCGAUGGGCUGGAGACAGACAGAUGCCUCCACAUAGUGACAGAGGCUGUGACCCCGCUGGGAGCGUACCUCAAGGCGCGAGCAGAGGCUGGUGACCUGAGGGAACUGGAGCUCUCAUGGGGGCUACACCAGAUUGUGAAAGCCCUCAGCUUCCUGGUCAACGACUGCAGCCUCAUCCACAACAAUGUCUGCAUGGCCGCUGUGUUCGUGGACCGCGCUGGCGAGUGGAAGCUUGGGGGCCUGGACUACAUGUAUUCCGCCCAGGGCAAUGGCGGGGGACCUCCCCGCAAGGGGAUCCCCGAGCUUGAGCAGUACGAUCCCCCGGAGUUGGCCGAUGGCAGUGGCAGAGCGGUCAGAGAGAAGUGGUCAGCUGACAUGUGGCGCUUGGGCUGCCUCAUCUGGGAAGUCUUCAAUGGGCCCCUACCUCGUGCAGCCGCCCUACGAAACCCUGGGAAGAUCCCCAAGUCACUGGUGCCCCAUUACUGUGAGCUGGUUGGAGCCAACCCCAAGGUACGUCCCAACCCAGCCCGCUUCCUGCAGAACUGCCGGGCACCUGGUGGCUUCAUGAACAACCGCUUUGUGGAGACCAACCUCUUCCUGGAAGAGAUUCAGAUCAAAGAGCCAGCCGAGAAGCAAAAGUUCUUCCAAGAGCUGAGCAAGAGCCUAGACUCGUUCCCUGAGGAUUUCUGCCGCCACAAGGUGCUGCCCCAGCUGUUGACCGCCUUCGAGUUUGGCAGCGCAGGGGCUGUUGUCCUCACGCCCCUGUUCAAGGUGGGUAAGUUCCUCGGCGCUGCGGAGUAUCAGCGGAAGAUCAUCCCUGUCGUGGUCAAGAUGUUCUCCUCGACUGACCGGGCCAUGCGUAUCCGCCUCCUACAACAGAUGGAGCAGUUCAUCCAGUACCUUGAUGAGCCAACAGUCAACACCCAGAUAUUUCCGCACGUCGUGCAUGGCUUCCUGGACACCAACCCUGCCAUCCGGGAGCAGACAGUCAAGUCCAUGCUGCUCCUGGCCCCGAAGCUGAACGAGACCAACCUCAACGUGGAGCUGAUGAAGCACUUCGCGCGGCUGCAGGCUAAGGAUGAGCAGGGCCCCAUCCGCUGCAACACCACCGUCUGCCUGGGCAAAAUCGGCUCCUACCUCAGUGCCGGCACCAGACACAGGGUCCUCACCUCCGCCUUUAGCCGGGCCACUAAGGACCCGUUUGCACCAUCCCGGGUCGCGGGUGUUUUGGGCUUCGCCGCCACCCACAACCUCUACUCGAUGACUGAUUGCGCCCACAAGAUCCUGCCUGUGCUCUGCAGCCUCACCGUGGAUCCUGAGAGAUCCGUGCGGGACCAGGCCUUCAAGGCCAUUCGAAGCUUCCUGUCCAAACUGGAGUCUGUGUCGGAGGACCCCACCCAGCUGGCCGAAGCCGAGAAGGACGUCCAUGCAGCCUCCAGCCCUGGAAUGGGAGGAGCCGCAGCCAGCUGGGCAGGCUGGGCCGUGACAGGGGUCUCCUCACUCACCUCUAAGCUGAUCCGUGCACACCCCACGGCUGCCCCAGCUGAGACCAACGUUCCCCAGAGACCCGUGCCUGAGGGACUUCCUGCCCCAGCCCCAGCCCCUGUCCCUGCCACACCCACGACCUCAGGCCACUGGGAGACACAAGAGAGCAAGGAUGCAGAAGAGGACAGCACUGCUGGCGACAGAUGGGAUGAUGAAGACUGGGGUAGCUUGGAGUGCCCACCCCACCCUGUGACCAGCAAGGAGAAGUCACUCCCAGGCCUGCAACCAACCAGUCCUCCCUGGGGCUGGGCUCAGCAUGGGCUGAGCAGGAGGCCGAAUCUGUGUUGGCCCAGCAGGACAACUGGAGUACUGGGGGCCAAGCCAGCUGGGCUGGGCAGACCAGCAACCCUGGUCACAAAUCCCAGGAGUCAGACUGGAGCAGCUGGGAAGCCGAGGACGCAUGGGAGCAGGGCUGGCAGGAGCCAAGCCCCCCGGAGCCACCCCCUGAGGGCACACGGCUGGCCAGCGAGUAUAACUGGGGUGGACCGGAGCCUAGUGACAAAGGCGACCCCUUUGCUGCCCUGUCAGUGCGUCGGGAGGCUGGUGCCCAGCCCACACUUCCCUUUCCAGCCGAGGCGGGACUCGUGGGGUGAUGACAACUGGGAGGGCCUGGAGGCCGAGAGCCGACAGGCCAAGGCAGAGCUAGCCCGGAAGAAGCGCGAGGAGCGUAGGCGGGAGAUGGAGGCGAAACGCGCUGAGAAAAAGACAGCCAAGGGCCCCAUGAAGCUGGGAACCCGGAAGCUGGACUGAACCGCAGGUGUGGGCGCUUCCCAGCCUCGGAGAGCCCGCCCCGCAGAUGUAUUUAUUGUACAAACCCUGGGAGCCCGGUCAGCCUGGCCAGGCACAUUUCACAUAUACAUAAUCAGAGCCACAAUAAAUUCUAUUUCGCA